AUGGGGCCUUCCAAAGUAACUCUUAGUGAGCGAAAGAAGAAGGCAGAUUCUUCAAAAUCUUCCUCGAAAUCCUCUGCCAAAACUGCAACCAAAACUCCAAUUGUCAAAUCACCGCAAGAUUUCAAGAGCUCCGAGUUUGUUGGAGAAAGCGACAAUGAGAAUGACGAGCCAAAGGGAAACAAAUCGGAAUCAGAUAGCGACAAUGAUUCUCUGCCAUCGAAUCCCGCUGUGAAAUCUACAUCUAAAUCCAAGUUCAAAUCGAAUAGCAAGGCCGCAGAGAGUAGCCACAGUUCCGAGGCUGAGAGCUCCGAAGAGAGUGAAAGUGAAAGUGGGAGCGAUGAGAAGGAGUCGGAAGACGAAUCAAGUACAAAUGCAAAGAAAUCUGUUGUGCCAUCUUCGUCUAAGAAAGAUGCCAAAACAGUAUCGAUGAAAGUUGCGCCCUUCAAGCCCCCUCCCGGAUUCGAAAAGUCUUCUUCGAAGAAUUCAAGUAAAGCACCACAAUUAUUCAGCAAGUCUAAUUUGGAGGGAAAAGAAAUUUGGUACAUCACAGCACCUGCGUCGGUACCCAUUGCUUCUGUAACGGAGAUGUCGCUGCGAGAUGCAAAAUUGGGCAAAGCAGUAUUUUCGCAGAAUGGCAACGAUUAUGGUUUCGUUCACGACCCGCUUGAUGACAAGACGUAUACCAAGAUCUUGUUACCAAGCAAUUCUAAAGAUGGUUACUCCAUUGAGAAAAAAUCCGUGGAUCAGAUAUAUCAUAUGCAACAAGUCGUUAACCUUUCUAAGGAGAACUCCAGCCAAGCUACAGUGCCCGCAAAGCGACCUGUUCGUCAACAACCCAAAGGUCUGAAGGCGCGAUACCAACCAAUUGGCUUUUCGAGCGCACCUGGUAUCAUUGGAUCUGACGAAGAUGAAAGCGAGUCAGAAGAACGCGCUCCCAAAUUCCAAAAGAUCGCAAUGUCGGAAGACGAAGCAUCAGAUGUGGAGAUGGAAGAUGCACCACCGGUGAAAAAGUCAAAAUCCGAUAAAUCGAAGAAGAGCCACAAAGACUCUGAAGAAGGUGCGGAUCGCUCAUCGAAAAAGAAGCACAAGGAUUCUGGAGAUAAGAAGAAAAAGCACAAGAAAACAGACAGCAAUUGA